GAACAGAGAACAGUGAAGAAGAAGAAGCAGUAAAAAUGGAAGUGAUACGCUCUCAGAAGCGAACAGUCUCUAACGACGUCGUUUCAACUCCAACGCUCCCCCUCUAUCUUACAGCUCCACCCAUGGAAGUCCGCUUAGAAGAGUUCGAGCUCUUCGCCAUUGAUCGCUUACGAGUUCUGAAAGGAGUCUCAGAUGGAUUAGCUCGUGGACGAAACCCUAAUGAAAUGGAUGAUCUUGUAGAGACUUUGUGGAAAGAACAUAUGAGACUUUCAGAUGUUUCAGAAAUGAUCAAUAAAGAUAUAAUCUCGCAUUUCGUUCUUCGUCUCGUUUAUUGUAGAUCGGAUGAGUUGAAGAAAUGGUUUCUUAGUAUGGAAACCGCUCUUUUCCGCCAUAGAUUCCGGCUUAAAAAGAUUGAAGAACAGAGAGCAAUUGUGGGAGAAUUUGGACUACCGUAUAAGGCAGUCAUAGGGGCAGAACUUGAGAGUUUGAAGGAGAGGUUGGGGCUAGUUGCACGUUCACUUGGUCAAAUUUCAUCUGAUGUUGAAAACAUAUACUACAAGGUUCCUUUUGAAGAGGUUCCUGACCUUGUAGCUGGCCGGAGAGUAUUAUUACAGAAAGGGUAUGCCUUUGUAGCUGGCAGUCAGGCAAGUCAUGGUGUCUAUUUCAAUUUGAAACAUAACCUCUACUCAGCCCUCAUUCUGACAAACAGAAAAUGGACGACUACCAUUCGAGAACGAGAAAAAGACAGACUAACUCCAAUAGUAGAAGCGUUAUCUACAAGCUACUUAGGUCCUGAUUAUACCCAGUCAAAUGAGUACGCUGACAUAUCACUUAAGGAUAUUGAUCAAGUUUCCAAGAGUUCCUUCCCCCUUUGUAUGAGGCAUCUAUUUGAAAAACUUCGAGAAGAUCACCAUCUAAAACAUGGAGGAAGAAUGCAACUGGGUCUAUUUUUGAAGGGUGUGGGUCUGAAGUUGGAUGAUGCCUUAGCGUUUUGGAGAGAAGAAUUCACAAAAAAGGUUGGCUCUGAGAGAUUUGAUAAAGAGUAUGCGUAUGCCAUUCGCCAUAACUAUGGGAAGGAAGGCAAGAGAACAGAUUAUACCCCUUAUGCUUGUUCUAAGAUCAUCACAUCUGCUCCUGGUGCUGGGGAUCAUCACGGCUGUCCUUAUCGACAUUUCAGUGAGGAUAACCUGAAAGCAGCACUUAGUAGAAUGGGAUUGAGUUCUCGUGGAAUGGAAGAUGUAAUGGACAAAGUUCGAAACAAACAUUAUCAGCUCGCAUGCACAUUAACCUUUGAAGCUGUUUAUGGUACAUCCUGUGAUACUGGGAUCAACCAUCCCAACCAAUACUUUGAAGAAAGUCAGAAGAUUCUGAAAUCCAAGACUCCUACUGCUCCGGUUUAAUCUCCCUAUGGUUUCAAUGUAAUCAGUGACAUAUAUGAAACUGAAAAUUUUAAGUUGAUGCAAAACCUGUUUGAUGAUAGUACCAUUUAAAAGCUAAGCAUAAAGAAAAGAAAAAAAACAUUAGGCAUAUGUCAGGCAUAUGCUUACUUCUGUUCCAAUAUUGUCUUAUUGUGGAGUUUAUAUCCUGAACAUGUUUCUUUAAUUAUUCAAAGAAAUCAAUGAAACUGAA